AUGUCGUUCUGCAGAGCAGCCAUGCACCCGGUGACAUCAUCCGCCACAAUGACCGCCGCUCUGAGAAAGCCCCCCACCACCCUGUCAACGAGAAGCCUUCGUCUUUUCUCCUCGUACGGAAACGUUUAUGCCUCCUCGAGGCGGGACAUGCAGACCCAGACUGCCUAUCGCCCGCACUCCCUGCCUACCUCCUUCCCUCCGCCUCGCAACGCUGGAGUUCCCGACACCUCGAUCGCUGCCGAUUUCCCGUCGACUCCUUUCCAGCCUGCACCAGGGAAGCCAGGAACUUCGUCAAACAUCAGCUACCGUGAGAAUGAGGCGCAAAAGUCGAAGCCCGUCGAAUCCAAGCCCGCCACCGCCCCCAAGGCCGCGGAAAAGCCCCGGAGGAAGUUGCGCCCUCGCAAGGCCGCGAUGAAGCUGACUCCCCUGGCGAUCGAGCAGCUCCGUAAGCUUGUCUCCCAGCCGGACCCUAAGUUCAUUCGAGUCGGCGUGAAAAACAAGGGCUGCUCGGGUCUCGCCUACCACCUGGAAUAUGUGGAAAAGCCAGGAACUUUCGACGAGGUAGUGGAGCAGGAAGGCGUCAAGGUCUUGAUUGACAGCAAGGCGCUGUUCAGCAUCAUUGGCAGUGAGAUGGACUGGCAAGAAGACAAGCUGAGCAAGCGAUUUGUUUUCCGGAACCCCAACAUCAAGGAAUCAUGCGGAUGCGGCGAAUCCUUCAUGGUCUAA